GACAGUUGACUUUGGGACCUUCUUCUAAAUCGGAAGUCCCUCUAAUCAAUUAGGGAAUAUCUUUCCCGCGUUUGGCCGGAAGGGUUGGAACAAAACCUUGUAGUUGAGAAACUAGUGCGGGGGCCAAUGCGGGGUCUGCUCGUGGCCUUCCGCUACAAAUAGAAGAAAGCCCCUCCUCCCCAUUCAGUCUCUUCUCCGGACUCUCCGAUUGACCUCGAAAGGCUAGAAGAAACUUUAGUUGGAUCUGGAUUCAUCACUGUAGUGGAACGGAUUCGGGUUGAUGAGCAAAGUCCUUCUUUAGACAGUUAUUACAGUUCACCUGAUGAGAGGACUUCCUCUAAUUAAGCCAAAAUGCAUCGAACAACUAGAAUCAAAAUCACAGAGCUAAACCCUCAUUUAAUGUGUGUGCUUUGUGGAGGAUACUUCAUUGAUGCCACAACUAUAAUAGAGUGUCUACAUUCCUUCUGUAAAACAUGUAUUGUACGAUACCUGGAGACCAGCAAGUAUUGUCCUAUCUGCGAUGUCCAAGUUCACAAAACCAGGCCACUCCUGAAUAUAAGGUCAGAUAAAACUCUUCAAGAUAUUGUAUACAAAUUAGUUCCAGGACUUUUCAAAAAUGAAAUGAAAAGAAGAAGGGAUUUUUAUGCUGCUCAUCCUUCUGCUGAUGCUGCCAAUGGCUCUAAUGAAGACAGGGGAGAAGUUGCAGAUGAAGAUAAGAGAAUUAUCACUGAUGAUGAGAUAAUAAGUUUAUCCAUUGAAUUCUUUGACCAGAAUAGAUUGGAUCGAAAAGUAAGCAAGGACAAAGAGAAAUCUAAGGAGGAGGUGAAUGAUAAAAGAUAUUUACGCUGCCCAGCAGCAAUGACAGUGAUGCAUCUAAGAAAGUUUCUUAGAAGUAAAAUGGACAUACCUAAUACUUUCCAGAUUGAUGUAAUGUAUGAAGAGGAGCCUUUAAAGGAUUAUUAUACACUAAUGGAUAUUGCCUACAUUUACACCUGGAGAAGGAAUGGACCUCUUCCUUUGAAAUACAGAGUUCGCCCUACUUGUAAAAGAAUGAAGAUUGGCCACCAGAGAGAUGGUUUAAAUAAUAGUGGAGAACUGGAAAGUGACUCUGGGAGUGAUAAGGCCAACAGCCCAGCAGGAGGUAUUCCCUCCACCUCUUCAUGUUUGCCUAGCCCCAGUACCCCAGUUCAGUCGCCUCAUCCUCAGUUUCCACAUAUCUCCAGUACUAUGAACGGAACCAGCAGCAGUCCUAGCAGUAACCACCAAUCUUCCUUUGCUAACAGACCUCGGAAAACAUCAGUAAAUGGAUCUUCGGCAACUUCGUCUGGUUGACCCUUCAGACUGUCCAAAAACAAAAACAAAAACAAAAAACAAAAACCCUGAUUUAUAUAGAUAUCUUCAUGCCAUUACAGCUUUAUAGAUGCUAAUACAUGUGACUAUCGUCCAAUUUGCUUUCUUUUGUAGUGACAUCGAAUUUGGCUAUAAACGAUGGACUAGAGGUGACAUUGAUACGGACGUUAAUUGCAAUGAAAGAUUGUUCCUGUAAAGAAUUGAUUUCUGAGGAGGCAGGCAAGAUUUUUUUUCUCUGUGCUAGGAAAGAUGUGAAAUGGUUUUUUGCAGCCAUUGUCGGGAUUUGGGAAUCUUCUGCAUUGGAUAUAAGGAUUGGGACAUAGUUUGUUAAUCUCAAUCUCAACUAACGCCUACAUCACAUUCUCUUCAAUUGUUCUUGUUAUGCUGUUUUGUGAAUCUGUAGAAAACAAGUGCUUUUCAUCUUGAAAAUCAACAAAAUGGAAAGAAUAUGCAUAGAAUGAUGCAUUCUAUGUAGCCAUGUCACUGUGAAUAACAAUUUCUUACAUAUUAGCCAUUUUGAUUCUUAUGUUUCAUUUUUACUUCUCCAUUGCUUUGCAGAACCGAUCAAAGGAAAGUAAACUUCAGUUUUACAAUCUGUAUGCCUAAAGCGGGUACUACCGUUUAUUUUACUGACUUGUUUAAAUGAUUCGCUUUUGUAAGAAUCAGAUGGCAUUAUGCUUGUUGUACAAUGCCAUAUUGGUAUAUGACAUAACAGGAAACAGUAUUGUAUGAUAUAUUUAUAAAUACUAUAAAGAAAAUAUUGUGUUUCAUGCACUCAAAUAUGGUUGUUAAAUUCUCCAGACUGGUUCGACCCUUGCAGAUAUCCUAUGUUUGAGCCUUGCUUAUCAGCAGAGAACAUUUUUAGUGUGGAUAUCAAAUUCCAAAUUCAGCUAUUUUGAAAACAAUUGACAAUUAUUAUGAUGUUUGUCUCUUUCCCCUCAAUAAUAUAAAAUUUUACUUCUAAAAUUGUGUUGCAGCAAAGGAAACAGAACUCUGUAACCAAGGAAUAUGAAAGUGAUUUGUUCAUUUUAUUUCAAUUUUAUUAUUGGGUGUGAUAGAAUUACCAUGUUUUUAAAAGCACGUUAAAUCACUAUCGACAUAAAAUGUGGUAGAAAUUUUAAGACACUGACCAAUUUGUGGAUGAAGGCCUAUCUAAAUUCAUUUUAAUAUAUGGUACAGCUGUAAUUUCAAAUUUAGCAGGUACGUCAUUAUUUCCAAACAAAGACAAAUGCCUUUUCUUUAAAUGUUUGUAAAUAGGAGCAACUUUUAAGCUCCUAAAGGUAUUAAUUUUAAGUAGAAAGAGCAUGUUAAAUUUAAAAUAUGAACUGCCCCAAUUGUUUUCAGUUUGUGCUUUGCUUUGGUCGAACUUUGUGUGUGUUCAUCACCCAUCAGUUAUACAUUUGUGAGGGUGUUUAUUCUAUAUGAAUAUUGUUUCAUGUUUGUAUGGGAAAAUUGUAGCUAAACAUUUCAUUGUCUUCAGUCUGCAAAAGAAGCACAAUUCUAUUGCUUUGUCUUGCUUAUAGUCAUUAAAUCAUUACUUUUGCAUAUAA